AUGGUUCUUCAAGUAGAGUUGGAAAAGAGAAUUGAUGAGGUGAUAGCAGAAAACAAAAAAUUGGAAGAUGAAUGCAAAAGAAUUGCUGAAAGAGAAAAGUCUCUUGCUGGAAAAGUGCAGAGAUUAGAAGGUGAAAACAAAGUGUUGGAACUAAAGAUUGAAGUUGAUCAGACAGAAAUUGAUGUUUUGAAAGUUCGAGUGUCUGAGUUAGAAGAGGAGAAGAGUCGUCGGGAAAGUGAAAACGAGUACUAUAAGCUGAAGAACAAAGAACUUAUGGCUGCUAAAGCACUACAUGAACAUAAGUUCUACAUGCUGAAUAGGGUUGUGGAAAGUAUGUUGGAGACGUCUGUGGAACAAAAGUAUGAAGAAUUGAAGUUAGAGGAUCUUCGUGCUGAACGUAAAGCAGAAGUAGAAAGGCAAAUGAAAGAAAAAGGUAAAGUUGUUGAAGGAAGUUCUGUAAUGUCUAUUGUGCCUUCAAUGGUGGUAGAUAAUCCAGUGCCUAUAUCCUCAGUUCCUGGUAUAGUUGAAGAAGAAAUUCAAUCGCCAAAGUUAAUUGGUGGCGAAGAAGAAGAGGAUGAUGAAGAUGAUGAUGAAGAAGAGUUUAUUUAUUCUGCAAGCAGUCACAGUUCAAAAGGUGAUGAUGACGAUGACGCUGCAGGAGGUACAGGUGUUAGAAUAUCUGAAGCUUCAAAAGAAAAAGUCGUUGAAGAUCUGCUGAACGACACAGUCAAUGAGGAAAGUGGUGAAGCUGGGGGAAAGGGGGAGUCGAGUAAGAAUCAGAUUGUCGAACAUCAUGAACCGUUGUUCUUAUGUCUAGAUGUGUAUAGGGAGAUGUUAAACGAUGUAAAUCCCGAGAAUCCAAUUGAUCUUGAAGCUGAUCUGGAAUCUUUUGAUAUCAAUAAACAGAAAGAUUACAAGUAUAACUAUGUUGAGGAUGCAGAUCAGUACGAUAGGGUUGAAGUAGAGGAUUGUUCUGAUAAUGAGGAUGUCCCUGAAGAUACAUCAAAACUUCCGACGUUAAUGGAGUUUUUCGCAGCAGAAAACAGAGAAGAGUUGCGUCAGAAAGUGACUGAAGCGGUGAAUGAAAAUGUGUUCGAGUGCUUGAGAAAAGAAGCUGAACAAGAAAGUCAAUCAAAUGUUGAGAAAGAAGAUCAUUCAAAAUGGUUUAAAGACAGUCAUGAGAGAAAGUUCAAGAGGCCUUUGAAGUUUUUUCAACGUGAUAGAUCUAUUUCUCUUGGUGAUAUCAUCAGUUGGGGUUUUCUUCCUCAAGUCAACGCCUAUGCAGUUAGAAGAGAAUAUGGUGUCCAAUACUUUAAACGUUUAUAUGACAUUAUGUCAUUACCAUGGUGGGAUGUCGAUGAGUUAUCUCAGGUGAGAACGUUGGAGUAUCAGGUGAGACAGAAUAAUAAAGCAAUGUGGGGAUAUAUCAAGUAUGAGACUCUCAGAGGUUAUCUGAAAUGGAAACCUCAUCGUCCAAGACGGGUUGAAAGAGUAGAUCCUGAAACUGGUGUAAGGGAAACUAUUCUGAAUGUAAAGCCUCCAAGAACCAUGACGACGAUUCCUAUGCCAGAAAUGGAACAAGAUUUUUACAAAGGGUUCAUUGAUUGGGUGUAUAGCUGUCUUACAACAGAAGCUAUCAUUACAUACAGAGCUGGUAGUGAGCUGAGAUAUAUUCGUGUCUAUGAUCCGAUGUGGCUGGUGAAUUGUUCGGCAAAAGACAUCGAAUGCUUGUUUAUUCACAAGAUUCGUUAUAAAGCAGAAGAUAAAGAUCAAGCUCAACAGUUCCAGCGUGUGGUAUCACUGUGCUUUCAAAAAGGAAUCAAUUCCGAAAGCAAGUGGAAAUCGUCUUGGUGGGCAUUGGAUGAAAAGAUGAAGAAGAAGGCUAAACGUGAACGUGAACGUGAAAAUCGUAGGAUGGAAGAGAAAAGAGGAAAGUUUUUGAAGAAACAACAGGAAGAAGAGAAGGCAGAGAAGCGAAAGCGUGAAAAGAUUAGAGUUGCAUUAAGCAGGAAGCCUAAAGGGCGUGAAGAACAUUACAAAGCUUCUAUCUGA